CAGAAACAUCAUGUACCAAAUAAGGUUUCUUACAGUUGCACCUCAGCAGAAGGGAAGUAUUAAAGAAGAACCAGUUUCAGAAAUUCAGAACAGACAGACCUGGCAGUUUGACUGGGCAUUGAAUAAACUGGAUACCGCUGUCAGAAAAACGGGCCGCAUCCCUAAAACUCUUCUACUAAAGGUCUUCAAUGACAUGUGCAAAACAGGGUGUCCAGGGAGUAACCAAACCUUGCUUUUGUUGCGAAGUUGUGGUGCUCUUUUACCAGAGGUAUUAUCACCUGAAAGAACAGAACUAGCCCAUAUGAUAUGGGACAAGAUGAAAGGACUGGGUGCUGUGUAUGAUACAAGCCAUUAUAAUGCUUUACUUAAAGUCUACCUGCAGAACGAGCAUAAAUUUUCCCCGACGGAAUUCUUGGCCAGAAUGGAGGAAGCUAAUGUGCAGCCCAAUCGAGUUACAUACCAAAGGUUGAUUGCUGCUUAUUGCAAUGAGGGUGACAUUGAAGGAGCAAGUAAGAUACUUGGAUUUAUGAAGAACAAAGAUCUCCCAAUCACUGAGGCAGUAUUCAGUAGCCUUGUGAAAGGUCAUGCAAGAUCAGGAGAUAUGAAGAGUGCAGAAAAUAUCCUUUCAGUGAUGAGGAUGGCUGGUGUUGAACCAGGUCCAGACACCUAUUUAUCACUGCUGAGUGUGUAUGCUGAAAAGGGUGAUGUUGAUAGCAUCAAAAAG